AUGGUCGAUCUAGGAGGAUACAUUAUCAUACUGAUCAACCACAAUGACAAGAUCAAACUGUACGGUUCGCCGGGCGACAACGCGGACACGCUGGAGGUGGCGGAUGAAAUUUUAGAAGUGAACGGUAGCACGUUGGAGAACGCCAGCCAGUCCGAAGUGAUUCAAUAUAUAUACGAGUGCAUCAAGUCGCGAACAAUAUGUCUGCGGGUCCGAAGAAGAAGCGGAAACAAGAGGGAGUUGGACGGCUUCAAGGCUGGUCGGGUGCGGAAAGCUUGGGUCAUCGCUGUCGAAAGGCGGGCCGAAGAAAGGCUUCAGAGGCUAGCGUCCCAUUGGAAGAUCCAGCCCCGCGAUAUUCAAGCGAUCCUGCACCAAGAGAUCAACGAGUCCGCCGCCGCCGCAGCCGCGUCCACGAGCGGGGAAAGCGCGGGCAAAAAUGUGACUGGCAACCAAAUUACCGUGACGCUCGCCGACAAGGAGCCGUGCUCGAACGCCAUCGCCGCGAAGCUCAGCAACGGCACGAUCCCGAAGAGCCUCCGAAAGGACUCGAAGGACGGGAAGGACGCGCUCGAGAAGCAGCAGAGCUGCCCCGAGGAAACGAAUCUUUUGACACCGGUCCAAGGCGGAAGAGCCGGGGAACGACGCGCGAGCAGUCCAUUCCAGAAUGGGCAAACGGAGGUGCUGAUCGGGGAACCGGAGGGCGGGCCAAGGUCGCCGCGGGGAUCGACGUCUUCGGCGGUGAACGACGGCAAUUUCCUGAACCAACCGGACGAACGUGACGACCAGAAACCCAUUUGCAGGUCCCGAAUUCGUAACAGCAGUGGCGUGACGGACAUACACUCGCAGCAGCAACAGCAACAGCAGCAACAACAGCAGCAGCAGCUGCAGGAGAACAACAACGCAAAGAAGCCGCAGGAGGGACUGGGUCCCGAUGAGAUGUGGGCCCCUGGCGGCCUAGGGCCUCACCGGGAGCUACCAGUCGACGUCCCCGACACCCUUCUACAGAAGGCCUAUCCCAACAAGGCCGGUCUGAAUGGGCUGAAACCUGCCAUCCCGCCGAGAGAUCAAAAGAGGGCGCCGGCUAGACCGCCGAAAGACAAUCUACGUCUGUCCACCCAGAACAAUAACGUGGAGAGCACCGACAACGCGAACGCCGAGCCCACGCAGCAGCAACUGCACUCCAUCAGAAAAUACCAGGAGCAGCUGCGAAAACGGAAGGAUGAGGAGGAGAGACAGGAGAUACUCAAUCGAUCGUUACGGGGAUCCACCAAGCUACAGGCGUUGGAAAGCCACGCGACCAGCCUCGCUGGACAAGAAAACCCUGCGUACGCACAGGACGAGGUGACCACCGUCGCACGUCCCAGCCAUGUCUUCGCGAACACGGUCCAGGACGCCGAGGAGCCGCCCAGGCCCCUCACAUAUGGAGAGGUGGUCGCGACCCUGGAGAGGCUACAGCUUCAGCUGCGCAGCAUUUCCGGUGCUCUAGGGAUUUCUGGUCCUGGCGUGGAAGCGGAACUCGAGGCGGUGCGGACGUUGCUGGUGCAAAGUCGAUUCGCGUCUGCGUUGGCCACCCAUCACGCCUUGAAGAACCGGCUGAGAUCGAACAAGGUCCUGAAACAUCACACCGAGGACGCGUCCACAUUAGCCCGGAAUUGCGUGGAUAUUCUGGAGAAAUGGCAAUCCUCGUCGACGGCAACAGGUGUCGGCGGAGCGGAAACAAUAGCGGCUGUGGAGGAGCUAACCGGAAUCCUGACCAGCUACGACAUGGACGCACUGCUUCUCGCCCACGACUUGGUUGUCUCGUACGUGGACGGGUUGCAGAGGAAGCAGAGUCCCUCGUCUUCGUCGCCCAGCGGACCACCGAGCCCGUCGUCCAGCUGGAGAGGCGGUUCCCGUACGGUGGACAAUAUUAAAAUAAUCCGAAUCGAGAAAACGAACGAACCGUUGGGUGCUACCGUUAGGAACGAGGGUGACGCCGUGAUCAUAGGUCGCGUGGUGCGAGGCGGCGCGGCGGAUAAAUCGGGUCUUCUCCACGAAGGCGACGAGGUUCUCGAGGUGAACGGUGUCGAGAUGCGCGGCAAGAGCGUGAACGAGGUCUGCGACAUCCUGGCCGGUAUGCAGGGUAGCCUAACGUUCCUGGUGCUUCCAACGCCCACGAAUCACAGGAACAACCUGUCGAACAGAAGAGAAGAUACCAAUCAGAUACAGCAUAUACGAGCGCACUUUGACUACGAUCCCGAGGAAGAUCCUUAUAUUCCCUGUCGAGAAUUGGGCGUCAGCUUCCAAAAAGGCGACGUGUUGCACGUGAUCUCUCAGGAAGAUCCGAACUGGUGGCAAGCGUAUCGCGAGGGCGAGGAGGAUCAAACUCUGGCUGGACUGAUACCCAGCAAAGCCUUCCAGCAUCAACGUGAAUCGAUGAAGCAGACGAUCGCCGGCGACAAGUCGACCGUACGCGGCUCCAAGAAGUCCAGCACGCUGUUAUGCGCCCGAAAGAAUCCAAAGAAGAAGAAGAGGAACAAAUUCGGGGCGAAUUACAACGACGACGGUUAUCCGCAUUACGCAACGACCGCGAUCGAUGAUUACGACAGCGAAGAGGUGCUAACGUACGAAGAGGUCGCGUUAUAUUACCCGAGGGCAGACCACAAAAGACCCAUCGUACUGAUUGGGCCACCGAACAUCGGGCGACACGAGCUGAGACAGAGACUGAUGCAAGACAGCGAACGUUUUGCAGCGGCAAUUCCUCACACGAGUCGUCCCAGGAAGGACUCCGAAGUCGACGGACAAGAUUACCACUUCAUCUCGCGUUCUCAGUUCGAGUCAGACAUCCUCUGUAGAAAAUUCGUCGAGCACGGCGAAUACGAGAAGGCUUACUACGGCACCUCCGUGGAGGCGAUCAGGACCGUGGUGAACUCCGGGAAGAUCUGCGUUCUGAAUCUUCAUCCGCAGAGUCUGAAGAUCCUCCGUAACUCGGACCUGAAGCCGUACGUAGUGUUCGUCGCGCCGCCAAGCUUGGAGAAGCUACGGCAGAAGAGGAUCAAGAACAACGAAAGCUUCAAGGAGGAGGAACUGAAGGACAUCAUCGAGAAGGCGCGUGAAAUGGAGGACAAGUACGGCCACCUGUUCGACAUGAUCAUCAUAAACACCGACACCGACCGGGCGUACACUCAGCUACUGACGGAGAUCAAUUCGCUGGAAAGGGAGCCCCAAUGGGUGCCAGCGUCCUGGAUCCAGUGAACAAGAAUAUAGACUUUCAGAAACUAAACCAUCAUUGGGGGGAUCUGUAUCCAAGCACACAUUGAACGCAGAGACCCAGUUCUGGACCACGGAGGAGGGCCAGUAAUCCAGAGAGAAAGACAGAUAA